GCGCGUCACCGCUAUUUUGGACACUUUGGAUGGAGCAAUGCGCGCGAGGUCGUGCCAGAUCUAUAACUACUUGACUCUAAAGAAGCGUUCAUAAAUGUCCCAGAACCAAAGCCUAACAUUUUAAGAAGGAUUUCACGGUUAGGUCUAUCAUGGCUGGUCCUCAGAGCGGUUCAAAUGUAACGCGUAAUUUCACGAAUCAGUUCGUGCAGCCGCCGUGGCGGGUCGCCGUCUGGUCGGUCGCGUACAGCUCGGUGCUCGCGGUCGCCGUGUUCGGAAACCUCAUCGUUAUUUGGAUCAUUUUAGCCCAUAAACGGAUGCGCACCGUCACCAAUUAUUUCUUGCUCAACCUGGCGUUUUCCGACGCGUCCAUGGCCGCCUUCAACACGCUCAUCAACUUCAUUUACGCCACGCACGGAGAGUGGUACUUCGGGGAGGUUUACUGCAAGUUCCACAACUUCUUCCCUGUGACUGCCGUGUUUGCAAGCAUUUACUCCAUGACAGCGAUCGCAGUCGACAGGUACAUGGCCAUAAUACACCCUCUGAAGCCUCGUCUGUCAGCCACGGCUACUAAAGUGGUGAUUGUCUGUAUUUGGGCACUGGCAGUGAUUUUGGCUUUCCCGCUGUGUUUCUACUCCACCACAAGAACCAUGCCUCGCAGAACCAUUUGCUACGUUGCCUGGCCAAGACCGGCUGAGGAUUCAUUCAUGUAUCAUAUAAUAGUGACGGUGCUGGUCUACAUGCUGCCCCUAGUGGUGAUGGGCAUCACCUACACUAUAGUCGGGGUCACACUUUGGGGAGGAGAGAUUCCUGGAGACUCAUCGGACAAUUAUGUCGGACAGCUACGUGCUAAGAGGAAGGUGGUGAAGAUGAUGAUCGUGGUGGUGGUGACUUUCGCCCUCUGCUGGUUGCCGUAUCACAUCUAUUUCAUCGUGACAGGCCUGAACAAGCGCCUGAACAAGUGGAAGUCCAUCCAGCAGGUGUAUCUGUCUGUGCUGUGGCUGGCCAUGAGCUCCACCAUGUACAACCCCAUCAUUUACUGCUGUCUGAACGGCAGAUUUCGUGCAGGCUUCAAGCGGGCCUUCAGGUGGUGUCCCUUCAUCCAGGUGUCCAACUAUGAUGAACUGGAGCUGCGUCCCACCCGGCUCCAUCCACGCAACCAGAGCAGCAUGUGCACCCUGUCCCGCAUCGACACCAGCCUCCAUGGGGAGGACCCACGACGCAGCCAGCGGAAGAGCACCAAAUCCCAAUGUCUGGUGGAGGUCAGAGAUGAAAACACUCCAGCCACUAAACUCUGUCUUAAUAGAGAUCAAGCGUUCGCAACUGAGCAGCUCAGCUGAAGAGUGCAUGAUUAUAGAAAUUAAGCAUAUUCUCAAAAUGCAUUUCUAAGUGUCCAUUGAGACUCAAAGCUGCGGUGUGAUGAGGUUACGCUGCCUCCAAGUGGAAAACUUCAAAGCAUGUAACAAAAUGCUGCAUAUUUUUUAAUAAAUAUGAUGAGGGCACAUGCAUUUAAUACGAUAUUUUAAAAAUGUGCAUGGAUAGAUUGUUUAUAAUAAACACUAGGGAUGCUCCGAUCAGGAUUUUUGCAGCCGAUACUGAGUACUGAUUCCUUGUCGUGGUGAUUGGCCGAUACUGAGUACCGAUUCUGAUUCUUCAAGCUUUAUAUAACUUUGCCAUUGCAUAAGCACAUUUACCCUUUAAGUAUGAGAUCUGGCCUUACCUAAUAUAAUAAAUUAAGGAUGUGGCAUACAUAUAAUGGUCAGAAGCAGCUUUACAAAAAGAAAAUAGAUAAAACAUAAAAAAAUUGUAAGAAAUAUGACUAAUAAUGCAAUUUGGAAACAUUUCUCAUGUGUUGUAGUGCUACUGAUGCAUAACCCGGGCGCAUAACUCAGAUGGAUCUUCCUCUGCUUGCAAACUUGUAAACAAACACUUGCGAUCGGUUUAUGAGAUGGGCCAGAUCAACAAGUACCGAUCGAGUCAUGAAAUGUGAUUAUCAGCCGAUACCAAUUGGCCGGUCGAUCGGAGCAUCCCUAAUAAACACUGCAAUAUUUCUAUUCCAAAACAAAAAAGGAAAACUCUCACAAUGGAUCUGAUUGUGGCAUGACAAUAUAUGUUUUUUGCAAUGCUAAAACUGUCAAAGUAUUUAUAAAUAUAUAUAAAAAAAUAAUGUGCUAAACUGCAGACUCAAACCUCAUCACGUUGCGAUUGAAGCUGUUUCUG